ACCGUGCCCGGGUCGCGAUGCGCUCGGUGCCCCCGGGACCCCGCGGGGAGCGCGGAGAGCAGCGCUGUGCGCUCGAACAAAGCCGAACUCCUCCCUGGAAAUGUCGCUCCGUCGCUGGCAAACACUGCCCACGAAGCCUCUCAUCUGCAUAUCGCGCCACGCCCCCUCCGACGUCACCGGGCUCUGCAACCGCCGGGGCGGCGCGCGCCGCUGCUGCAGUCGCUGCGGGGAGCGCGGGGAGGAGAUGGCGUCCGCUACCGACUCCCGCUAUGGACAGAAGGAGUCCUCAGACCAGAACUUUGAUUACAUGUUCAAAAUCCUCAUCAUUGGUAACAGCAGCGUAGGGAAGACCUCGUUCCUAUUCCGGUACGCCGAUGACUCCUUCACGCCCGCCUUCGUCAGCACUGUUGGCAUCGACUUCAAGGUCAAAACCAUCUACAGGAAUGACAAACGCAUCAAGCUGCAGAUCUGGGUGAGCGCUGGGGGUCAGGGUUUGGGCCAGGAUUAGGGCCAAGGUUGGGGU